AUGUCCCCUCCGGCACAGCAGGAGCACCAUGCCUAUAGUUUUCACUACUUUUGGCUAUUGCUGAAGGUGUACUUCCUUCGUGUGAUGGCCAUCCUGGAUGUGAGGAACUCGGACCACCUCCGUCCUCAGGUGGGCGAUGACGUCACGGUGGAGCGGAUCCAGUUCCCUUCGCGCGAUCCAGGACGUACCAUCACUGCAUACGUCUACACGCCAAAGGAUCUGCCUCCCGGCCCUUCGCCUGUGCACGUGAAUGUACACGGCUCUGGAUUUACCGUCUAUGCGUUCUUUGGUAACUCGCGUUGGUUCUGCUACAAGAUUGCGUCGAAGCUCAAGUGCGUUGUGAUCGAUACGGAUUACCGCAAGGCGCCCGAGUACCCCUUACCAUUCCAGCCGCGCGACAUCGAGGAUUGCGUUACCUGGGUCCAAACGCAGCCGAAGCGCUUUGACCUCGACAUGAUCACGAUGAGCGGCUUCAGCGCGGGCGGCAACCUGUGUCUCUCGACGGCGAACAACCUCGGCCGCGAGGUGGUCAAGGCGGUGAUCUCGUUCUACGCUCCGAUCGACGCCACCUCCCCGGGUGCUUCGAGGGGCAUCCGCUCCCACCCCGAGCCGAAGGAAUCGAGCCGCAGCGGUGUGCACCUGAUUCCGUGGGUCUUUGCGACGUUCUUCCAAUCGUACAUUCCGCUGCACCUCUCCCCCUCGGACCCCAGAGUCAGUGUGCUCUACCUUCCGAUCGAGCGCUACCCCGACUACAUCCUCCUCUGCGCCGGUCGCUGCGACGUGAUGUUUGAGGACUCGAACGACUUUUACAAGAUGGUCAUGGCUAAGGGCUCGGAGAAGCAAAAGGCAAACGUCGAGUUUGUGCAGGUCCCGGGCGAAUCGCACGCUUUUGACGAGCUCGCCAACUGCGAGGAGUCGAUCAAAUGGCGCGAGACGGCCUACGAUGCCUCGGUCGAGCUCGUUCGCAAGGCCCACGAGGAGGAGCGUGGGAAGCGUGCUGGACGUGUCUAA